GUAAUCGGUAAGUGAAGCGGCAUUGUAAGCGAAGCGGCAUUUUUUCCCGAACACGUACACAAUCUGAAUUCUAUAUUAUUGAAAACGUCAAUAUGCCACCAAUUCGCAAUAAAAACAAAAAGGACUUAGCUAAGCAAGAGGGCCUAAUCUUAUUAGCUAUUUCCGAUUUACAAAAUGAACGAAUCUUGCGCGUGGCUCAAGCUGCAAGGAUUUAUAAGAUACCCCGGACCACUCUACAAGAGAGAUUAAGCGGUACUCAACAAAGAUCUCAAAUACGCGCCAACAAUCAUAAAUUAACUCAAUUUGAGGAGGAAUCACUUGUCAAAUGGAUGCUCGAUCUAGAUAAACGUGGAUUACCGCCUCGGCACUCUCUUAUACGAGAGAUGGCUAAUUAUCUUCUCUCUCAACACGGAAAUCAACAGAUUGAAUCAAAAUUCUCACGGAAAUACAACUAUGAAGGUGCUAAAUGCGAAGAUCCGAAGAUAAUCCAAGAAUAUUUUGAUCGCGUACGAGAGGUUAUAUUGGAAUAUGGAAUCUUGCCAGAGGAUAUCUAUAAUUUUGAUGAGACUGGCUUUGCUAUGGAACUUUGUGCAACUGCCAAGGUUAUUACUGGAAGUGAUCGAUAUGCUCGGCCAAAGCUAUUACAGCGUGGUGAUCGAGAAUGGGUAACUGCAAUUGAGGCAGUUAACUCAACAGGAUGGGCUUUACCUUCAUAUAUUAUCUUUAAGGCAAAGAAAUAUAUGCGAUUAGGCUGGUUUGAGGAUCUUCCGGCUAAUUGGGUAAUCAAUAUCAGUGAUAAUGGAUGGACAACAGAUAAGAUUGGAUUAGAAUGGCUUAAACUCCAUUUAUUCCUCUUACAAAUGACCGGUCAAUUGGAAAUGUGUAUGCCUCCUCAUUCUUCACAUCUCUUACAGCCUCUUGAUGUGGGCUGUUUUGCUGUUUUAAAGCGACAUUAUGGACAGCUUGUUGAACAACGGAUGAGGCUUGGGUUCAAUCAUAUCGACAAAUUUGACUUUCUCACUGCAUUCCCGAAGGCUCGUACGAUGGCGUAUAAAGCUCGAACUGUUCGGAAUAGCUUUAUAGCAACUGGAUUAGUAACAUUUAAUCUAGAUCGCGUUUAUCAACAGCUUACCGUUCGAUUGAAGACUCCAACGCCCCCUCCAAGUCGAUUAAGUGAUACACAAUCAUCCUGCUUGCAAACCCCUCAAAACCCACGUCAAUUUAAGCGCCAAAUGACUACAACGAAGAAGAGAAUAAGCCGGCAUACAAGAAGUUCAUCUGAAGCUAUUGGUGAAUUGUUUACACGGGCAUCAAAGGCUUAUGAGAUGAGUAUUAAUAAGCUUACAAUUGCACAGAAGGAACUCCAUGAUCUUCGGGCUGCACAUGAGAGGGAGAAGCAAAAACGUCAAAGAUCUAAGCAGCAAAUAUCUCAUGAGCAUGGAAUUACCAGAGAGGAAGCUCAAGCACUCGUACAAGCUCAGAUUGAAGCAUCCCAAGCUGAUACUACUGCUCCGGCCGAGUCUGAGCUCCCAGUCUCUCAUCCACCUGUACGACGUCAAUUUCGCUGCAGUGGUUGUGGUGUUGCAGGACAUAAAAUAACCGGAUGUCCUAAUCGUAUUAGGAAUUAA